UGUUUUAUAUUUUCAACUACGCACCAAGAUAUUUAAUAAAAUAUAUCCAAAAGCCACGCAGUCAAACAAAUUCGAGGGGUCAUUCACGCAUCUUAGUUUAAUGUCAACAAUGAAUUUACCGCCAUACCAGCUGCAUUUCGCGUCGAUGAAAUUAGAGCAUCCAUACAAAAUCAGCAUCUACCAACAAAAUCAGCAUCUACCAACAAAAUCAGAAAAAUCAAUAACCUUUUGCGAUAUCAAGUCAGACGACAACUCCAAUCAUUCAGAAUAUGCAACACCUCUGAGUUCUCCAAUACCAGCCAUAAACCAUCUUAUCGAAUCCAGGAGCGAAAACAGGAAUGAAUACUUUGACCCGAGAAACUCAGAAACAGCGACAAACUUUUACAAUAUCAAGUCAGACAACAACUCCAAUCAUUCAGAGUAUGCAACAUCUUUGAAUUCUCCAGUACCAGCCAUAAACCAACUUAUUGAAUCCAGGAGCGAAAACAGGAAUGAAUACUUUGACCAAACAGGACUUCCAUUUUCUUAUGAUUCAUUUCCAGCGAGAAACUCAGAAACAGCGACAAACUUUUACAAUAUCAAGUCAGACAACAGCUCCAAUCAUUCAGAGUAUGCAACACUUCUGAGUUCUCCAGUACCAGCCAUAAACCAACUUAUCGAAUCCAGGAGCGAAAACAGGAAUGAAUACUUUGACCGAUUUCCAUUUCCUUAUGAUUCAUCUUUGUCAAGAAACGAAAGGGCGACAAACAUUUACACUAUCAAGUUAGACAACAGCUUCAAUCAUUCAGAGUAUGCAACACCUCUGAGUUCUCCAGUACCAGCCAUAAACCAACCUAUCGAAUCCAGGAGCGAAAACAGGAAUGAAUACUUUGACCGUGAGUUGAAUACAGAUAUCAAUAUUGAUGACGAUAUGGCAAUAUUGCAUUCUAAACGCAUAUACAAUUCAACGUUAAGUAAUUGUCACUUUGAAACGACUAAUUCUAAUCCUGCCAAUUAUAAUUAUAUAAAUAAAGUCUCACAAUCUAAUACGUCAGCGAAAUGGCAAAGCAAUCAAACUUUUGAUACAGAACUUUCAUUUUCUUAUGAUUCAUCUCUGUCGAGAAACUCAGAAAAAGCGACAAACUUUUACGAUAUCAAGUUAGACAACAGCUCCAAUCAUUCAGAGUAUAUAAGACAUUUUAAUUCUCCAGUUGUAGAGCAAUCUAUCAAAUCUGAAAGAGAAAACGAGCAUGAAUGCUUUGAUCAUAGAUUGGACACAGAUAAUUAUAAUAAUUGGAUACGUAAAGUUAAGAAUCAAACAAAUCAAGAUAGUGAAAUAUUGAUACAGGCGAUACCGAGUAGAAUGUCUAUUUCAAAGGUAACACAAGAUGAUCAUAUUGCAUCUAAUCUAGACUCUAAUUAUUCGAAUUUGCCGAGUUUAUCAAAGAAAACGAUAAACUCUUACGAGGCUGUGUCAGAAGGCGAUUUCGCUCCUGAACUUACAGGACCUAUGGAGGUUCCACUACCUGUUCAAACUAUUAGUCCACACAAGCCUGUUGGAUCCAAGAUAGGAGACAAUAUUUAUCACUUCCUUGGCGAGACAUCGAAAAUGGAUAUCGAUUCCACGUUACCUUUUUUAGACAAUUACACCAAUACCAAACACCAAUACACGUGUUUACUGUGUCAAAAGGGAUUCAAUAAGACAUCGCAUUUGAAGGUGCAUUGGAGGAAACAUUCCGGCGAACGACCGUACCAUUGCACAUGGCAAAAUUGUAACAAGACUUUCACGCGAAGCGAUGAAUUGAAGCGUCACGAACGCACGCAUACCGGCGAAAGAAAUCAUUCUUGCUCUCAAUGUGAAAAGAAGUUUACAAGAAGCGAUCAUCUCAAGAAGCACAUUAAGACGCAUAGACAGCAAGAGAUAGAAGAGUUGGAAGUAGAUAUGAAUGAAAUAUGUGAAAUAAUUAAAAAUCCUUUUACGCACUUCUAG